AUGCCGUCGAAAACUGAGGAGAAUGAGCGGUCUCUGUCUCAGCUGAUCAACAUCGCCACCCGCUCUGUCCACACCAAGCUGAACAAGCUCGUCCUCGCUCGACUGCCCCUGGCCCUGCCGCCCCAGGCCGACGAUGCCUCCCAGUACGUAUCAGGACUGCUCCACAUCGCGCCCAUCUACAUCUCCUUCGAGUCGCUCUGGCGGACGAUCCUGGACUCGCCCGUCUCGGUAGAAGAGGCCAGUACCGAAGACACGCACGUGUGCGCGGCCUGCGACCCGGCAGCCGCCGCGAAGGCACCACCAGCAUCCCCGGACGUCCACUCGGCGCCCGACGGCAACGGCCUCGACGCGCCGCACCGGCCCGUCAUCUGCUCGCGGAUCCACAGCCUGCUGGCGCACCUGCACCUCGAGGGCCUGCAGCGGUCGCGGGCGCUGCAGGACGACCUGGCGGCGCUGACGGGGUGGUCGAGCCGCACGCUCGCCGAGCAGCUCAACGACGCGGCCGAGUCGCCCGUGCUGGCCGAUUUUCUUAGACACACCAAGAGCUCCGUGCGCGCGAACCCGCACGUCCUGCUCGCGUACGCCUGGGUGCUGUACAUGGCGCUGUUCUCGGGCGGGCGCUUUAUCAGGGCGUCGCUCGAGGGCGUCGACGCGGCGUUCUGGGUCCCGGCGUCGGCGCAGCAUGCGGAGUGGCCGUCGCAUAAGGCGGCUAUUAAUGCUGCUGGGAACACCAUCACCACCGUUCCGUGCUCCUCUGGUUCAUCGUCUAACGCUAAGUCAUUUCAUUCCCAUCAACAACAAUCACAGCAACAACCACACGAACCGAACCAGCAAGAAGAAGAGCAAAACCAAAACCACCACCCACCACUCGACUUCUUCCGCUUCGCCACCCCCGACGACGGCGAGGACCUGAAGCAGACGUUCAAGGGCCGCCUGGCGCAGUCCGAGUCCUUACUCACGCCCGCCGAGCGCGACGACGUCGUGCAGGAGGCGCGCUGCAUCUUUGAGUUCAUGGUGUGUCUGUGCGGCGAGCUGGACGACAUCUGCGGCACCGACCGCGAGGCCGAGUCCGGGACGGCUGUGGGUGCGGGUGCCCGUGCGGCGGGGCUGCUGAGCCUGAGGAGCAGGGACAGCGUUGUCGUCGAGAAGGAGAGAAGGCAGCUGAUGGAGAUGGCGAGGCGGGUGGAGCGGGAGAGGGAGAGGGAGAGGGAUAGGGAGAGGGAGGGGAGUGGUAAUGGUGGUGGCGGCGGUGGGGGCGUGGCGGCGACUUUGUUGCUGGGGAGGAAGGGGAAGGGGAAAGGGAGCGGGGAGGGUGGUGUGAGGUUCCAGGGAUGA